GGGCAAUGCCCGGUGUUCGGGCGCCACUUGGCGGCCUCGGCUCCUGAGACGGCAAUUCAACCUCCAACCUCAAAUCUCCCCAAGACUUCCACCUACGUGCCUGUACAACACAUUCGUACAUUUGACAGCAGGUCGUCCCUAACUAUUUGGCAGGCAUGGCAUCAGAAGGCAUAAAACUGUCUCUGUCAGAGAAGGUGGGGGGCUUCUGGAUUCUGUGGGUUACCGCAUUCUGGGCAGCAUAUACAGCUCUUCGGCAUCUAGUUCUACCCCCGUCAGAUUCCCCAGGUGUAGCACGAAGUGUAUACGCUCUAGUCCUGAGAAAUGUCAUGAUUCUCUCCCCACGACAACGAAAGGGCAUGCUCGGAGAAGAUAAAACAGGCGAAGUAAUUAAGACGUACUGCACACAGCACAGUCUCAAGCACGUGGUCUACCCCCUACCAAAAGGAGCAAAGCUGCAUUGGGUUGGCACUCAACCAUCGAAUGGCUGCAAGGCCAUCCUUUACUUCCAUGGCGGGGGCUAUAAUAUCGCCAUAAACCCUGGCCAUCUAUCCUUUUCCUUAAAAUGUGCUGCGAAUGCAAAAGCUUCACUGGCUUUACUCGAAUACACACUCGCACCGGCCGAGCAUUAUCCAACGCAACUCCAUCAAGCAAUUGAAGCACUCCGGAAAGUAUUAACGAUCACACCUCCGUCCCGCAUUACCAUUGGCGGGGACUCAGCAGGCGGCCAUCUUUCAGUGGGUCUGCUUUCACAUCUCAUGCAUCCCACAACGGACAUCGAACCCAUCACACUCUCUGAGAAAUUGGCUGGAAUAUGCCUUAUCUGCCCCUUCCUGAGUUUCGAUUUUGAGAAGAGGAGUUAUGUUUACAACGCCAAAAGGGACUACCUCCAACUCGCACAUAUAGAAGAGUUCAACGGUAACUUCAAACCUGAGGGGUUGUCAGAUGUGGAUGCAAUCAAAGAUCCGGCGCUGUCUCCGCUUGAUGCUCCAAAAGGGUGGUGGAAGCGUGCGCCGGUAGAGAGAAUUCUGUUGACUGCCGGGGUUUGGGAAGUGUUUCUAGACGACAUUGUUGCAUUCUCUGGGAGAUUGAAGGAAGAGGCUGAGCCGGGAACGAAGGUUGAUUUUGUCAUUGGAGCAAAAGAGGUUCAUGCUGCUUGUAUUGUGGAUAUUGCGAUUGGGUUGGAGGAGGGUGACUCUGCAAAAGCAAUUUUGGCCUGGAUGAGCAAUGAUAACUAGAACAUUUGAAAAAAUGUACAAAGGCACUUUAUGAUCUUAAAGUAGAGGACCAGUAGUCGAAAUUAGCCCAUCCCAUGCAGCCCACAAACUCCGACAAACCAUGUCCCAGGGAGUAAGCAAUCUGGUACCGCACUCUCCCUAUCAAGCGCCCCUUCUCAAAUCAAGGCCACCACAGCUUCAAAGCAGC